AGGUGGCAGCAGCUGCACACUCCUCUCCCUCACCUCCUCUUAACUCCUCUCUCUCUCUCUCUAAGCUUAGCGUUUGCUUGCUCCGAAACUCCUCCAAGAAAAAAAGCCCCUUUUGUUCUCUCCCAUUCCCCUGCCGGCUCCAGACCGUGGGUUCCGUCUGUUCUUGAGGUGGUUCCGAGAGCACUCGGAGCCCAGCGAGCUGCCCGCUCGCCGUCUUCCGAGCGGUUGGGCGGCGGAGACGCGUCGUCGAUCUUGGCCGGAUCUCGGGCGGCGAAUGCCCGCCGUGGGCAGCUCCGGCGGACCAGCAGAGGUCAACAUCAUGAUGGGGAGAAGGAAGAUGCAAGUCGCAACCUUGGCGAUUUUAUGUUUAUGGUCAUCUGCUGGAAUCUGCAAAGCGCAGACAGCGGAAUUCAAGCCUGCCGACAGCUACCUCGUUGACUGCGGGGCUGCUAAGGGCACGACGGUCGGCGGGAGGAACUUCGCUGCCGAUGGGGCAGCUCCGGUGACAGUGGACACCUCGCAAGACAUCCUUGCUGGAACAUCGGCCAAUGGGGUGUCCUCGUUUGACAAUUCAGCGCUUUACCAGACUGCCCGCAUCUUCACGGCCCCUUCAUCCUAUACCUUCCCCAUCCAGAAGCAGGGGCGGCAUUUUGUUCGUCUCUACUUCUUCCCCUUCAUCUACCAGAGCUAUGACCUCGCCACCGCCAAGUUCACCGUGUCGACCCAAGAUGUGCUCCUGCUUAGUGACUUUCAGCAGCCGGACAAGACCGCACCACUGUUCAAGGAAUACUCUUUGAACAUCACCCAUGACAAGCUUGUUAUUUCCUUCAAGCCAUCAAACGGAAUCGCAUUCAUCAACGCAAUUGAAGUGAUUUCCGUCCCAGAUGAUCUCAUAGCCGAUGUUGCCCAAAUGGUCAACCCCGUGCAGCAGUACAGUGGUUUGUCUACACAGUCACUGGAGACGGUGUAUCGUGUAAACAUGGGUGGUCCGAAGGUCAGUCCGAACAAUGAUACCCUCUCGAGGAAUUGGCAGAAUGAUCAAAAGUACAUACUGAACCCCAGUGUCACCAAAACAGUUGUAUAUGGUAAGAGUAUCAACUACAAGAAUGGCGGAGCAACUUCACUGACUGCACCAGAUAUUGUCUACGGUACAGCUACAGAAUUGGCAGCUUCAAACACGUCAAACGCACUGUUCAACAUGACAUGGCAGUUUGAUGUGGAUGCAGGCUUCAGCUAUUUGAUAAGAUUUCACUUCUGUGAUGUAGUCAGUAAGGCACUGAACCAGCUCUACUUCAAUGCAUAUGUGGGAGGCUUCUAUGCACAGCAUGAUCUUGAUCUCUCAGAGCAGUCGAUGAAUCAAUUGGCUACUGCUAUCUAUGUUGAUGUGGUUCUUUCAUCUAAUGAUGCAUCUAGCAAGCUCAGCAUCAGCAUUGGUCCAUCUACCUUGAACAAUGCACUCCCUGAUGGGAUUCUGAAUGGCCUUGAGGUUAUGAAGAUGGGCAGUGGCUCAGGUUCUGCUUUUACUGUUGGAUCUUCUGGGGGACACAAAAAUUUGGGCGUUAUUAUUGGCGGAGCCCUUGCGGUUAUUGGACUUGUGAUAAUUAUUCUUGUUCUGAUACUGCUUUGCCGGAGGAAAAAGACUGAUGACAAGCAGCACUCGAAGACUUGGAUGCCUUUCUCUAUUAAUGGGCUGACAUCUCUCAGUACAGGAAGUAGAACUUCUUAUGGUACUACACUCACAUCAGGUAUGAAUGGAGGAAGCUAUGGAUAUCGCUUCGCCUUCAAUGUGCUCCAAGAAGCAACAAACAGUUUUGAUGAGAACUGGGUGAUUGGAGUUGGAGGUUUUGGAAAAGUCUACAAGGGCACUUUAAGGGAUGACACAAAGGUUGCAGUGAAGCGAGGAAACCCCAAGUCUCAACAAGGUCUCAAUGAGUUCAGGACAGAGAUUGAACUCCUUUCCCGUUUGCGUCACCGGCAUUUGGUGUCUCUAAUUGGGUACUGUGACGAAAGGAAUGAGAUGAUCUUGGUCUACGAGUAUAUGGAGAACGGGACCGUCAAGAGCCACCUGUAUGGUUCAGAAAACCCAUCGCUGAACUGGAAGCAGCGUUUGGAGAUCUGCAUCGGAGCGGCAAGGGGGUUGCAUUAUCUUCAUACUGGUUCUGCAAAGGCCAUUAUCCACCGUGAUGUUAAGUCUGCAAACAUCUUGCUUGAUGAGAAUCUCCUUGCGAAGGUCGCGGACUUUGGGCUUUCAAAGACUGGGCCUGAGCUGGAUCAAACUCAUGUCAGCACUGCAGUGAAGGGUAGCUUUGGGUAUCUCGAUCCAGAAUAUUUUCGAAGGCAGCAGCUGACUGAGAAGUCAGAUGUGUAUUCCUUCGGCGUUGUCAUGCUGGAGGUGCUUUGCGCAAGGCCGGUGAUUGACCCUUCGCUGCCGAGGGAAAUGGUGAAUUUGGCAGAGUGGGGAAUGAAGUGGCAGAAGAGAGGAGAGCUGCAUCAGAUCAUCGACCAGAAGCUCUCUGGUGCGAUCAGGCCAGAUUCUCUAAGGAAGUUUGGUGAAACAGUCGAGAAGUGCCUGGCUGACUACGGUGUGGAGCGACCAUCGAUGGGAGACGUCCUCUGGAACUUGGAGUAUGUCCUGCAGCUCCAGGAUGUAGAUUCUUCAACCGUGUCAGAUGUAAACAGCAUGAACCGGAUCGUUGACCUCUCGUCGCAAGUUCAGCAUGUGGGCGCACUUGAUAGCAUCAGUGUGACGAUGGCGGAAGGCGGAGCUUCGCAUGAGCCCGAUCACGACCUCUCGGAUGUGUCGAUGAGCAGGGUUUUCUCUCAGCUAAUCAAAGCUGAGGGAAGGUAAAGUGCACCAGAUGAUCUGUAGGGUACCGGUAGAUGUGAGCAAGCCUGGAAUUUUUUUCUUGUUGAAGUUUACUUGAGAUGUCAUGUGUAAUUGGUUGUUCCACCCAUUAUAAAUGUACUGAACUAUGGUUUCAA